AUGAUCCGUCGGCCGCCGACCGCGCUCUCGCUCACGAAGCAGGACGUUGAGGAGAUGCGCAAGACGAUGAACGAGCAAGCGACAAAGCACAGCGAUGGCGAGGAGCGUGGCCGCGAGACCCGCGCGCCGCCGCAGCCCACACACGCGUCCACUCCCCAUACCCGCCACGCUUCGGCCAGCCGCGACUAG